CCAAAUGUCAUUUCCUGCUGAUCAUUUAGUACUUUAAAUGGUAACUGAACAGGUGUUAGACAUAAUUUAUGCCUCUAUAUUGAGCAGGAUCUUUGUUUUUAAUGCUUUUAAUAUAUUUGAUCAUUUUGCAUAAGAAAUAUAGUAUGUAAAUUGUCAAAUCCUGAGAAAUAGGAGGUGUUCCUUUUCUGUGUUGCUCAAACACGACUAAGGUUAAAUUUGUUGGUCUGAUAUUAAUUCAUCCAGCUGUAAUCUAGUUAUAUUGUAGCUAUUAACACUAAUUAUGUCCCACGGGAUAAAAUGGUUUUUAUGCCAUGGUUUUAAACUGUAUUUUAGCUUUUUUAUUGUAAUAAAAUUGAACCCCUUUACCGUUUUUUCCUUACUUGGUUGCCAUAUUGUAUGUUCUGUCUGACUUGCAACACAUUUUUCUUUUUAUAUUAAUUCGCCAUUAUAGGUAGAAUCAGGCUUUUAAAUUAUGUCUAUGUGACUGUUGGCACUACAAAAUGUAUUUUAAAGGGAGUGCCAUUGUCUUUAAAGUCAAAAAGUAAUUUUAAACCACCUUUCUGGCUGCUCGUCACAGUAAUCAGGCUGAUCAGAAUUAGAACAGAAAUUACAAUGUCUACCUAAAUGCUGCCAGAAUUUUAGUGUUUUAAAUUACAGUUUUCGUAGUGAAUUGUAAGCAUCUGGGACUGAACCACAAGAAGCUUUUAAAUUCCUUGAUAGGGUGUCAGUUUAUUAUGUCUUCUUUCCCAGAAAACAUUUCCUCUGGCUGCUUCUUCAUCGCUGGAUACAUUACACAUGUACAUUUUUCUGUCUAUGAACUCAAAUUCAUGUUGCAAGCAUGAAUGUCACUACGUUUACCUUUUGCGACGAUUCAGUUGUGCUUUGACGCCAAAAUUUUGGCUUUCCAACUCACGAUUUUCACUUAUUCCUCAAUUUCGAACACGGUAUAGAAUAAAACGGUUGUUAGCUAUAAGCCUGGAAGCUGAGCAGAUUUUAACAUAUGCCUGUGACUUGUAGGUUUUGUGAAGAAGAUCAGAGCUGCUGGAGAAACUGUGAUGAUUGUUGCCAGAGAAUCAUGACAGAGUGAAACUGUUUUAAUGUUGAUAUUGUUCUUCUUAUUAUUUUUUACAGUUUCUAGCAUAGUUUUAUUUAAACAUUUUUAAUCUGUUUUUACAUAUUUAUUCUAACAAAUUGUGACCAUUUUAUUGAAUCUAACCUUCAUUGGUUGCCAUAUUGUUUACUUUUUCUUACGAACUAAACAAGAGCAUCUGAAUCAGUUUUAGAGUUUUUCUUAGUUUUUGACCAAGUUUUUCUAAUUCUGGCAUGAAGGAGUCAGGAAAGGGAGCAAUAGGAGACAAGAGGGUGGGGUGGGGUGAGUGGCUGGGGGUCAGAUGAGACAGAGGGUUUAGGAUCCAGUCCAUCCAUCCUUCAGUACUCCCUUGACUCGGAGUGGGCCGGCGGACAAAGUGAUCAUUGUUUCCCAGUUGGCGAAGAGUUUUCCACUCCAGUAAAGGUAACGGGACAUUUUGAUUUCUUACUUUUCUGUUUUUACCACAAAGAUGAUUUCACAGCUAAUGAAGUGAUUGGUGAACAUAUGUAUUGUACUUAUUCAAAAUACUCUUUUUUAAAUAUCUUUACAAUUUGUAUUCAUUUAUUUUUAUUUUGACUAUAGAUAAAAUAGCAUUCAUAAUUAAAGUGGCUUUUAAUGCUCCUAAGCUGUAAAUGAGCUGAGAUAAUGUUAAAAAUUGUUUGUAAAUGUUUAGAAUUUCCUUUUUGAUGGCAGACCAUUUCGAAGCUGGCCUUAAACGUUGGCCUAAAGGUGUGAAAUAUCCCGUGACCCCUGAGUGUCCUCCCACAUGAGAGGAAAAAGGGAAAUAAAGUAAGAGCUGAGGAGGAGAGAUCGUUUUGUUGUUGCUCCAAGAUAAGGGGAUAUUACAGCUUGUGGAAAGGAGCUUAUGGCAGAGGAGAGACAUGAUUCACUGGGGAAGAAGUGAAGUGCUUCUUUCUCGUAUAGAUGAGCUUUUAGCCUUCCAGGGAGAACGUUGGCUGCAAAUCGCAGAGGGGGCGGGGUGUCUAUGUGGUGUCUAUUGUGUCUAUGAGAAGAUGAUGUGUGUGUUUACCAGGAGAAAUUAUACAAAACUAACAAGAAGAACAAUUUCUGCAGAGGGGGGAAAUUAUGCUUCUCCAUCCUGAUGAGUUAAAUAUUAUCUUAUGCACCUCAUAAGUUUUAUGCAUGUAAUGAAUAUCAUGAACUCAGGCUCACCGAUGCAGUGCAGCUGUAACUCCUCAGUCGGGCACCUUUCAUCACCUUACUGGAGCCGAGCAGUGCUGUUUCCUGACUGGGCCUACAAACCAGCCUGGUCUCCUGGUUCCAGGCAGGUUCAGCUGUGGCACUUCCUGUUGGAGCUGCUGGGCUGCGGCGAGGGCGGAGCCAUCGGCUGGGGGGGCGAGUGGGGCGAGUUUGUCAUCAGGGACCCCGAGAGGCUGGCCAGACUGUGGGGGGAGAGGAAGGGCAAACCACACAUGAACUACGACAAGUUGAGCCGGGCGCUCAGAUACUACUACAACAAACGCAUCCUGCACAAGACCAAAGGGAAAAGAUUCACCUACAAGUUCAACUUCAGCAAACUCAUCCUCGUCAACUAUCCAGGGUACCUGCCUCCGUCCAGCCAUCAGCUGGUCCACAGGGCCCCGCUAUGCCUCCCAUUCCUCCCCUCUGAGAGUGGCCUUCCUCACUGUGGAGGAGCAGGAUCAUUGAUAGACAGAGCUGCUGGGCCUCUGCCUCACACCCUCCUGCUCCCCAAGCCGCUCCCGGUGCCUCAGCCCCUCCACGGCCCCUUCGCCUUCAUCCCCGCUGCCGCUCGCCCGGAGGUCGGCCAGAGAGAGCCCAGGGAGUCGGGUCUAAAUGCAAAUGGCUGGCUGCACAGAAGCUCCGCAGACUGGGACAUGAAUCCCCACAUAAGCUGGAACCUGUCAGGAGAGAAGCAGCAGGACGACGACAGAGUGGGGAAACAUGCAGACUGAGGACAGGGAAUACAAAUGAAAGACUUUCUUUCAUUAACUCUCUCCAGUUUAAUUAUUUUUGUCUUUGUUUUGAGUCAUUGUGGCAUAGUUUAUUACCUGUGGAUUAAAAUUCACCACAUUUGUAAACUAUUUAUGGGCUUGGACUUCCUUUUUAAUAGAACUACUGAUAAACCCUGCAUCUUUUAUGGGGUGGCAGGGGAACUAAACUUGUAAACAAUUACCAACAUAGGACUUGUGUUUUGGUAAAUAAAUCAAUGCACUUGCAGCAUACAUUAUUUAGCUGUUUGUCUUGCUUCCUAUCCCCCUGCUUUGAGCUUUAUGAAAAUGAUAUGAGUGGUAUGCCAUAAAUGAUGCAUUCAAACAGGGACUGAGGAAUUUUCAUCAAAGCGGGUCCCACAUGUCUGUCAUCUAUGCAGCAUCAGGACCAGCUCCCUCUUCUUGCAGUUACCACUCCAACAGAGCAGGGGGCAGUAAAGCGUUUGAGAUGCAGAAGACCUUUUACAGGGCUUGCUCCUUUACAGUUAGCCGGUGAAUAAACCGGGCAGAGGGGAUGCCGAAAAGUGAGGGAGGAGUCUGAAAAGCGUUUUAGCGCUGGAAGAGUCGUUCUCUUAAAUCAGGAAGAUAAAGCCGCAGCAGUUUAAGUUAAUUAAGUUAGCCUUAAGGGUUGGAAGACAAUUUCACUCGUUUUAGUUAGCUGUGUUUCUUUAGCAGGACUCGAAAUUUAAGUAAAAACAGAACUAGUACAUUUUUAUCUUAUAUAUCAUGAAUUGAAUUUUUUAUGAAUGUAAAUUUUUCUUUUCAAUACACAAUUUUAAAAUAUCGUAAAUCUAAUUUUUCAGGUAAAUAUGUGAUCCCGGUAUUUGAAGGCCACGUAAGGACGAUAACUCUCAUUAAAAUUAAAAAUAAAUCAAUAACUUUAUAAAUGUAAAUAAAUAAUACACCAAAGCUUGUAAUUUUUUCUUUUAAAUUCACAAAUUACAUUUAUUUUCAUGAAAAAAAAAAAACCCGCCACCGACCCCUUAGUGCGCCGCUCGUCUCACCGGCUGGCGAAUGGAGCAAAGCCCCAUUUCAGGGAGGGAAAGCUAUGUAGAAGGAAGAUGUUUCACUCUGAUAAUAUUUUUGGAUAUCAUAAAUGGGUUCAUUAUUUUUUUGUACUCUCACAUUCAUUUUGUUACAUCUUAUAAAUAUUUAAAUGUAAACGACAAAAAACAAUUAAAAAGAAAUGAUUUUUCCCAAUACUUA